CUAUUUAUUUACCUUUAAAUUUAAAAUGGUUAUAUAUUGGAACAAAAUUUGGUUUAACAAAAAAUAUUUUAAAAGAUUUUAAGAAUAAUACUUUAUGUAAAUUUAAAAAAAUUGCUAUCUUUGGUGACUUAGAUUGGGAUAUCGAUAUGGAAAAUCAAAGAUUUGAAUAUGAUGGAAUUUAUGAAGAAUUAUAUGUUGAUGAUAUUAGGAAUAGUUUAAUUCCAAAUUAUGGAAUCAUAUUUUCCAUAUAA